AUGGGAAAUGGUAAAGAAACCGCUGGGAAGUUAGAUUUGGGCCUCCGUACUUCCCUUGGCGGGGGCCUGUCAAGGAACGAGUUCCCUAUGGAGGCCAGGGUCCCAAUUGCACUGGAGUUUGAAGAGGUAUGAACUUUUAUUCCUGCAGUUUCUGCGAAGAAGUUAAUGAUAUCCCGCUGAUAGAUUGAGCCAUGAUCACGCAAGCCUUUGUUGAUCCUCAGAAUGAGACAAUACUACCGCGUUAUCGUUUCGGCUUUGGAAAUCAAGAAAAUAACUAUUCUUCUAUUUGGAACCGUAAUUAACCGAGAGAGGAUUCCUUUAUCCUUUGAGGCCAUGUGAAAACGGAGCUGGUCUAUUUAGAAGGCGGUGCUAAUUACACGGUUGACUUAGUAAAGUAUUCUUUGUUUGACAGAACGUUUUAAAGGAGUUUACGCCAGGUACCAGAAAACAACAUGUUUUCAUCAUUAAUGAUCAAUGGCCGUAAAUUUUCAAGUUAAGCACCGAUAAACCCAGAGAAACAAAGAACAAAGUUGAUGAUUGCAGCAGUUUACACUCCCGCCGAGUUUGACUCCGAGCGACUGUUUUCUUUUUCAGCAGAAUUACGCAUCCAUGUCUCAUGGUUUUCCACCAACGCAAGGAGACUUCGCUGGCUUGGGGCAAGAAAGCCAUUCAUCGUCACAUUUACAGUUUUUGGAGGUGCACAUAAAGCCUGAGCCGAGUAUGAUCGAGGGCUCGGAAGACAUCGAUGUGGACUACAUGAUGGAGAAGCCGAUUGAAUUUGUGAAUGGAAACGGGACGGUUUGUAUUACCCCAUGAUCUAACAAGUGCUUUCCUUAGAAUUUGCCUUUCGUUUUAUUAAGUUAUUGGUACUUUGGGCAGACAAGUGGAGGCCGAAGCUGCAGCUUAAGGUUGUAAUUUUGGAAUUUGUGACAGACUGCAAAAUGCAAAAAAUACCAAGGAUAGAUAAGAACUUGUUUACCAAUUGAGCAAAUUAGGAAAAGUUUAGUCCCUAAAGUUAUGUAUUGCGCCGCAUACUCUUACUUGCUCCUCCACACUGCUGCAUCAUUGCUUAACUGUUAUUUCGAGUUUUCGCAAGUUUCAGGAUCGACCCUUACCUAACUUACAGAUUCGGCUCUAGUGUCUAUUCUAAAGCGUAUACUUUAAGGGCCCUGUGUUGAAGGCGAACGAAUUUAUGAUACUCCAACGCUUCAAUGCAUGUACCGUUUCAUCUAUAUCGCAUGUCAGCAGAUUUUGACAGAUAGUGUUACCAUGCAACUUUCAUUGACAAGUGGAUGAGUAACUUACACCAAUCCCAUUCACGCUUCAUCGAGCAUAUCCAAGAAAUCAAAAGUGCCCGCACAGGUAGUUAAAACCUUUUACUCCAAUAAUGAGUAAGCUAUGAGUAAAAUCAUUACAAGAAAAAACGAAGCAAAAUAGAAGACAAAAAAAUUGCAGAGUUCUGGUGUAGAGGUUUCUUUGGAAUCGUGACAUCGCACGAUUUUACUAACUUACCAGAAAGACUAGAAAGCUAGUAGUGAGAGCCUAUGUUUCGGUAAAUGACACUGGAGCGAAAAUCAUGGGUUACAAUAAUCCUAAACAGUUUCAAUUUGUAAAAUAUUGAAAAGCAAAACUAUGAGUACCAUGAGAAAGUCCUUCCACAGGUGUUUAAUUUGAAUGAUCACUUUACAGGACUUCAUUUCCAAGACCACACUGAAAUACACGGCGGACCCACAGACUUCUUCAAAAUUGUCUAUUUUAAAAUUUAGAAUUGCUAGUAAACUGCUUCCGUAACGAAUGAUGUUUUGGUAUCAGCUUCUUGUUUAAUGUUUGCUCAUAUUUCAAAUGGUAAUGCGAGAUAGUUAUUCUACACGCAAUGUUUAGAUUUUCUAACCAUUUUAAUCUGACAUGUACCAAAUUAUCUUUUUUCCUUUUUAAGAUUUUGUUAACGGGGAAAAGCUAAAUAUUAGUAAGAAUUAAGAAACAUUAUUUCAAUUUUAAGAAUAAAAGCAAGUCCAUGAUACAUAAAACUAUAUCUUUAAAAAAAGAAUAAUAUGAUAAUAAUAAUAACAUUAAGCUAUCUUUUUGCAAUGUACUUAUAAGGGAAAGGAACGCGACUAUUUGAAUCAGUUAAGGCAAAGCUUUUACCACCCGAACGGCCUUCCCUUUGUGGCCUGUUUUUCAGUUAAUGUUAUUAAAAUAUUCAAGUCUUGCAAAUGUUUUUUCUUUGUUGUUUUUUUUAAAACAAAUUUUAUGUUUUCUGGAGACAACAAAGCGUUUUUGCCCUCAGGCUCACCAGUUAUCUGAAAACCUGUUCAUUGUGGGCCUCUGUUAUCUUCCCAGCUCACGUUCUAAGCAGUGAAUGUUGGCGGAGAUUUGCCCUCAGGCUUCCCUGCUAGCAGAGGUCUCUCACGACGAGGCAAAAAGGAGAGAAAGGAGAGAGACUCUCUCUCCUUUCUCUCAUUUUUGCCUCGUCGUGAGAGACCUCUGCUAGCAGGGAACCCUCAGGCUCACCAGUUAUCUGAAAAUCUGUUCAUUGUGGGCCUCUGUUAUCUUCCCAGUUCACUUUCUAAGCAGUGAAUGUUGGCGGAGACAAAAUAUUCCCCGAAAAUGUACGUUUGCUUUAGUUACCUUCUUUUGGUUUCUAUAGGAAAAGCACUAUAACUGCCACUUGAGGAUCUGAUAGACUUCAGAGGUAUUAACAUACUUCCCGUAAUAGGGAGCACAGUUUCCAGUCAAGGGAAUCAAGGAUUUUUAAUGGAAUAUCAUUGUACAGUCAACAAACGAGUAGAAAAAAGUAGUGCUCUGUUAUAAACUUUAAUUCACUUUAUAUGAUCACAACGCAUCAAUUUGCAAAGUCGAAACUUAGAACCACUUUCAGCCUGCAUAUUAAGGUCAUACUUAAGGAUUUGACUUGCCUCUACGGGAUUAAGAAUGGUGAUUCAGCAGCAUUUGAAAACGGAGUAAAACCAUAUAUGUUAAAAAAUAGAGCUGGGUGUUAUUUGAAGGGACACUGUUACGGACACUGUUUCUAACAUGAAUUAUGAUCCAAAAUACUCCUUGGAAAAUAUUCAUUAAAAAAACUGAUCCUUUCGAAAUUAUUGUUCUAAUUACCGCUUCUUAAUCCUCCUUUGCUAAAGUCUAUUUGAUCUUUUGAGUAAUCCGGGAAGGUUCCAGUUGCUCUUCACCUUAAACAACUGAGUUCAUUACAUAAUCUGAGCUGUUUGAAAUCUAAGUUGUGAUCCACGGUUCAAACUGUAAACAAUUAAUGUUAAACAACAACGUAAUUAAAUUGAAAUAGCCAUCACAGAACAAAUUUUCUAAAAGUUUAGUAUUCAGUCUACGUCUAUCUUUGAAAUCACCUCCCGGUUUAGUUCUCUGACUUAGCCCGCUUACAUGUGUUUCUUCGCAUUCUGGCUUGCUAAAAAGAAUCCGCUCGUUAGAAAAAGUCUUCUGUUCAAUGAAUGAGCUGUCAAACAAUUCAAUUUUGCUCUCCACCCUUAAGAGUAGGAUUAAUUACGUAUUCUUAGCUAUGAAUUUGAUAGACUAUAGUCGAGCUGCCGCCGAAAAUCUAAAGAUAAUUCUUUAAGACUUUUCAGUAUUCACGACAGCGAUUUACCUCAUUCACAACGUUAAUAUAAAUGGAUCAGCCAGUUAACUCUUGUAUGGUAUGUCCUUUUCUUGUGCUCUUUGCCCAGUUGGUAAUUGCUGUCUUACUUACAAUACUCUGUCUUACUUACAAUACUCAGAUUUGUCGACUUUUUGCUUAUCAUGAAGUUAGCGAAAGAAGGAUUUAAUGUUGGUUGCAAAGCAUUGAUGAAAUUGCUUUUCUCUAAACGUGUAGAGCAACCCUAUAUCCGUUUAUGAAAAGGCGUCGUUGAGAAAUAUCUCACGGCACCAAAAAUCACUCGACACAAAGUUUUUGCUGCGAUAUAUUUAUUUUAUGAAAAAAAUUGACUUUUUCGUGCUCUUUAACCAGCAAGUGUCAUAGCGUGCUAAACGAUUUAUCAAGUGGGUAAUAUAAAUAGGAGACAUCAAUUAUCAAAAUCUCGUCACCUUAAAAAAAAAAAUUAUAUAUAUAAUAUAUAUAUCAUAUAUAAAUAUGAGUGACUUGCAUGACCACCGUAAAAGGGAUAAUACUUCGGAUUUGUUCGAACUUAAGGCACGAAUCCCCGAAUAUGUUUGUUCGUUCUCUUCUUUUGAUCGAUUUUGAAGACAAACUUUUAUUUCUAUAUCACUACUGAAUGCUUACAAUAGUUAUCAUCUAACAGAAAAGCUAUCCUUAAUUGUGUUGGACUGGUAGUGUCGGCAUCUGAAACUUACAGGUCGAUAUAUUUCAUUUAUCAUUAUUCCUUCAAGGAAUAAUGAUAAAUGAAAAAUAUCGACCUGUAAGUUUCAGAUGUCGACACUACCAGUGAACUGACAACUUCAAGAGUCUUUACCGUUUUGGUUUAUUUUCUGCAUCCAUUCUGAUGGUUGCUAGACAUGCAGUGACUGACAUGGAGUCAGGAAACGAAAAAUGAAGUUGUCAGUCCAUAUUUUCCAAUAGCAAUAUAUUCUACAUCCUCUCAAGAAGUUUUUCAUGGCAGGUGACAGAAGAACAAGAACGGCGACGGAUACGAAGGGAAAGAAACAAAGUUGCCGCGUCUAAAUGCCGCAAGAAGAGGAAAGAACAUGUCAAAACACUGGUUGAAGUAUAUAUCAAUAGCAGCCAAUAAACAAUUAUUUAUACUUUAAUAUAGUCUGUCUCCUUAAAUAAAUUGAAACUAGCUUGAAAAAGAAGCUCAUUCGGAUCAAUCUUUUCACGCGUGUUUCACGUACUAUAGAGCUUUAGCCCUAAAGCACUCGCCAGUCCAGGAGCCAAUACAUGAGUUAUUAUUCAUGUCACUAUCACUACCUACCCUCCUACCCUGCAUUUAUUUAUCUAGCCAUGAAUCCGCUUUACUUCGCAUUCACACGCUUAGCCCACCUGCCCACAUUCUUUUCUUUCUGCCUUGACUUAUAUGACUUCAUUUAUUUGUCUUUUGUGUAAUCCUACCUUCUGCGUUUUAAUUCGACUUUUUUCGGCCUUUUUAUUCAACCUCUUAUCAUUGCCUUUGGUUAAUAAUAAAAUUAUCAUUUUGAUUUCAGGCUUCUGAGGAGCUUGAAAAUCAAAACAACGAUCUUCAGGGACAGAUCAGCAAGCUACAGGCAGAAAUCAAACAACUGGAAUUCAUGCUUGACUCACACAGCUGCUCAAAAUACUCCCAUAGUCAACAGGAAGACGAGGAAUAUGGACUGAAUACAACUUAGUUACGGGGAGCAAAGGAACAACAACAAACCAGUGUUUUCAUAGCAAAGAAUCAGCUGAUUGUCCCCGCACCAGUCCGGUGGUCAGCGGUGUCUUACAUAUGUUGACGCGCUUAAUUUUGACGUUUGGUUUCCUCAAGAGAGAUACUGAACGUUUGCAUUCAUUAUAUGGUUUACUGUUUCUUUGAGCAGUUCAUUGCGGCCUCAGUGAAUAUGCAGUGGUGCUUCCCUGUGGAACAUUGUUCCCUGUUUCAAUUCGGGAAAAGAUGCUCAACACUUGGUUUUGGUUGGACAAUGUAACCCUUAAAAUGAGUAUUUCGACUCUUUGGAGGCU